AUGUACAAACAAAAAGACUGUUUACUUCACAAUCUGAAGCAUUCGAUAAUAAAUCGAAGCCAGAAAUGGUUUGAAAGCAUAACAAACAUUUUCGGUUUGGAACAACAAACGCAUCAUAAUCUACAUCCGUUAAGGAUUAAAAAUUCAAGAACUUCAUUGUUCAUUCUCGAUUUAAGUUGUCAUGCAAAGUAUUGUUGUCAAAUGUCUACCAAAAAACAAGAAAAAAAAGAAGAAGACGUGAGUAUUAUUAUAUAA